AUGGUGACUAUGAGAACACCUGAUCCCCAUCAAGACCAACAUAUUCCAGAUAAGAUUACAUCAGAAAAGUUUGCCCAGGCUCUGGGUUCUCUCAGGAACCUGGAGGAACUGCUCCUUCCCUCUGGGGACGGGACUCACCAAGUGGCCAAACUGAUUGUCCAGCAGUGUCUGCAGCUUCCCUGCCUCAGAGUUCUCGCCUUUCACCACAUCUUGGAUGAUGACAGUGUGAUUGAAAUUGGGUGGCAACCAGAGGAGGUUUCCAGAAACUUGAGAUCUUAAAUCUUUCAGUGAAUCACAAAAUUACUGAGGAAGGAUACAGAAAUUUCUUUCAAGCCCUGGACAACCUGCCUAACCUGCAAGAGUUGAACAUCUGCAGGCA